GGCACGACGCGCCAGUAUUCAGCCCGCGACGGUCGCGAGCGUUCGCGUACUUUCAGCUUUGCUAGUACAUAUGUAUUUAUUUGGGCUUGUUCUGUGCACGUAUAUAGUAUAUUAGUAUAUACACAAACAUAUAUCCGAGUUCGUAAGGAUAAAUCUCGUAACCGGGGCAAGUGAAUUUUUCUCAAGAUUCUUUUCGACCACGCAUAUCGAAUGCAGAAACAGAGUAUGUCGAGGAGAGUUUCCCGAAGAAUCGCGCGAAAGUGAGAAUCGCGACGGAUGACUACUUAAAAAUACCGAUUGUUUAUUAGUGGGGAAUUCUAGAAAUAGCACAGUAAAAGAAGAAACGAAAACAGUGUAGCGGAAAUCUUACGAAACGUGAACGGCGGAUGAUAUGAGUGAAUAUAGGAUCUUUCGUGACGUUAAAUGAUCGAGUUACGGCCUGGUCGAAACAAACCCCGUCGAUUAACCGGCACGCGAUACGUCGGAAACACGAUUAAAACACAGUGCGUCCUUCUCUUUUGCGCAAAGAAACCGACAGAUUCGUGAGCUCGCGUGGAAAGUGAAACAACGUUGGAUACAGGGGAAAGAAGCAAACGGGGUGUGUUCAAGAAGAGAAGUGAAAAAAGGGAAAAAUAAUGUGGUGUCACGUCCUCGCCACCGUCGUCGCUUUUUUGUGUGUUGUCUACGCUCAAGAUAUCUCUUUCUUAAAGGCUUUUGAAAGUACGCAACGUAUUACGAGGCCCGCGAACAUUUUCUGCUAGGCCUUACCGUGGAGGUCUUCCGCUGUAAACAUGCUUUCUACUCCUUCCACUUUGUCAAGUUAUACGUCGUUGCGAUGGUUGGAUGGGUGAGUCAUCCGGUACAGAGAGGUCAGGGGGAGGUUAAACCGAGGGUGGCGGCGGCGGCGGCGGCGGCGGCAGCGGCGACGACGGCACGGUCCAAGAAUCGCCAAAUAGCCGGAUCAACAGUAACAACAAGAGCAGUUCUUCAAGGUACGGCAGAGUUGUCAUGUGAUAUCCGUCCACCUCAACAAAAUGAUUCCGUAAUUUUAGUUGUUUGGUACAAAAGCGAUACCACACCUAUUUACAGUUACGAUAUGAGAGGCAAACAUUCUGAAAAAGCUUCUCAUUGGAAUAAUAAGGACCAUCUAAACGACCGUGCAUUCUUUAGAACUGUCACUGAACCAGCAACAUUAAACAUCAAUCACAUUGAAGAAAGAGACGAAGGUGAAUACAGAUGUCGAGUAGAUUUCGCGAAGAGUCCUUCCAGAAAUUCAAGAAUUAACCUGAUGGUCAUAGUACCACCGCAUAAACCAAAUAUUAUUGAUGAACGUGGAACUGUGCCAGCGGUAGCAGGUCCGUAUGAAGAAGGUGGUGAUAUGAAAUUACAAUGUCUUGUUUCUGGAGUAAUAACAUUGAGAAUUGAACAAUUAACGUGGAACCGAGGAUAUCGUCCAACAUGUAAUAUAAAUUAUCUUACAAUUAUUUUCUCAACAAAAGACGAACGUCUCUGUACGAUACACGACAGCUUGGAAGGAAUUGACAAAUAUUCGCUAUUUCACGAGCUGUUACUGUCAGUGCCAUGUCGACCAGAGCCAAAAGUGAGAUGGUGGCGGGGAGAAAUGCUCCUUGAUUCGAAAGAUGAGCCAGGAGAGUUUCCAUCCCUUCGUAGAAAUGCCUUAAUAGUAAGGGAACUUUCAAGAGCUGAUCUUCAUGCGGUAUUUACUUGUCAAGCAUCCAACAACAAUAUCAGUCAACCUGUCUCUGCAUCGGUUGCAAUUGAAAUGCAUUUGAAACCAUUGUCUGUGGCAAUAUUAAGUAAUGAGCACGCACCCCUUAGCGCUGGACGAAAAUAUGACAUAAACUGUAUGACUGUUGGAUCCAGGCCUCCAGCAAAGUUAUCGUGGUACAUGGAUGGAAAGAAACUGAGUAAUUACACGGAAAAGGUAUCUCAAGAUGGUAACAUGACAAGUUCGACGUUGAUAUUGAAACCUACGUUGCUUGAUCACGAUAAAGUAAUCACUUGCCGUGCAGAAAAUUUCGAAAUUCAACGAGGUAUAGUCGAAGACACAUGGAAAUUAAAUGUAUUCUUUGUACCAAUUUUACAUCUGGAGUUAGGAUCGAAUAUGAAUCCAGACGAUAUCGAGGAAGGCGAUGACGUAUACUUUGAAUGCAAAGUUCAUGCUAAUCCUGGCGCUUACAAAGUUAUAUGGAGGCACAAUGGAAAUAUUAUUCAGAACAAUGCAAAGAAUGGUGUAAUAGUGCAACAAUAUGGCUUGGCUUUGAGGGAAGUUAAUCGUUCUCAAGCAGGCAAUUAUACUUGUAUUGCUAGCAACGUCGAGGGAGAUGGUUACAGUAAUACUGUCGAACUUAAAAUCAUGUACAAACCUAUUUGUUUACCUGACCAGAAACGAAUUUAUGGCGUAGCUCGUCACGAAGAUGCCCGAGUAACAUGCAGUGUAGAGGCAUACCCAUCUCCAGAUAGUUUCCGUUGGACGUUUAACAAUACGGAAGAAAUGGUAGAUGUACCUCAGGCACGGUACAAGAAUUCUACACGUCAUAGUCAAAGUAUUCUUAUUUAUCGACCAAUUACAGAAAUGGAUUACGGUACAGUGUUCUGUUGGGCAAGUAAUACCGCUGGCCAACAAAAGAACGCUUGUAUAUUUCAUAUCAUUCCAGCAGGAAAACCUGAAUCUCUGUACAAUUGCACGCUAUCUAAUCAAACAACCGAUUCACUCUCGGUGGAGUGUUGCGUUGGUUUCGACGGUGGUCAACCGCAGCACUUUCUUCUUGAAGUCUUUGAUCAGCAUACAGGAGUACUGCAAGCAAAUAUUACAUCCGAAGAAAACGCUGUUUUUACCGUUCACGGAUUACAAUCUGGCAAAAUCCUUAACAUGGUUUUAUAUGCCGUAAAUGCGAAAGGAAGAAGCGAACCCACUUUGUUGGAAGGAUUUACAUUAAAGAUUGCUGAGAAACAAACUGGAAUACCAGUACCAUUCGAAAUUUCCCCAUUAUUAGGAGGAUUGAUUGGAGUAGUAACUGCAUUGCUUUUUGUUACUAUUACUAUUCUAAUAGCUAUGAAAAUUAGAAAUGAGCGAAGAACUCAAAGACCAAGUGAUUUACCGUUAAAGAAAAGUACUGCACCCAGUUCCGAAGAUUUGUAUGAUACGGAAGAUAGAAAUCCAGAUGUUGUACCAAUAAAUAAAGGUUCUGAUUACCAAUUGACGGGAUCAAUAUCUGGCACUCCGUUAGCCACGCAAAAUACACCGGAUGGACUUACGGCGACUUCGCUUUCUAUACAACAAGUGACUCACCUACAAGGAUUGUCAUCGUAUCCACACGAGUAUAAUAAUUAUCCGGCAUUAUCGAGAAUCAUACAAACUAUCCCAUCUUGUAGCGCCAGGUCGACCAACAAGGAAUCAUCUCCAAAUUUAUCAGACGAGGUAACGUACGCCGAAUUAUGUUUGACACGUCCAUCAGCAUUAUCAACGUUAGUAAGCGAUACAACGUUGACUGGUGCAAGUGGAAUCGGCAGUUUAAGUACACUCGACGGUUAUGGUAGUGGGGUGAUCGUAGGUGGUAAACCGUGUACGAGAGAAGCUACGAUUUAUGCUUGCAUAGAUCACAAUGCAAGACCAUUAAAAAUCGAUCCAUCAUCUACUUCGCCGUUCACAUUGGCAUCUCUGUCGACAAGAAAUACAUUUCGGGACUGUAAUGUUUCAACGAUGAAUAACAAACACCCCACAAGAGAAAUUGUUACUGUACGUACACCGUUAAUAUCAACCCAGGAAAGUUGUGUAUAGGGAUGCGAUUUUGACGCGCUGAAUAUCAACGAAUACUACGUUUGAUCUGUUGUGCGCGUCUAGUUCUUAAAUGUGGUUCUACAACCAUUUGUCCUAUAACGAAACGUACAUACAUACAUAUAUGAUAUUUGAUAUGCGACAAGUGUGUAAAGUAGUUAACAGAAUUAACGUCAGGUGGACUAAUCAAUCAUUAAUUGUCAAAUAUUAGUACGGUAGCGAAAGAAUACAAAGGAACAACGUGUCCUCUUGGUAUAUUAAAAAUAAAAGCGUGAUAUUAAUGUUAAUCUACGAAUUGUUCAAAGACACUAAUAAGUUAAGUUUAAAUUUGGUCACUAAGACUGAUUUAAAUAUUAUGUAACCUUCCAUGUACAGGGUGCUCCGUUUAUUGUAAGCAACUAAAUUGUUUCGCCCGUUACUUGAAAUGCAAAAAUAUUCGCGGUUGUAUGAUUUAAAGAUCUGUUUUUAAUACUAGAUGGACAUUACAAGUUCACGAAGCUAUACGCUUUUCGUUACUCGUGUUAUAACUCGUACCAAUUGAUCGAAAUGCGGAAGAUCAGUGGUUAUAUCGGUUCUCAAUUUUUCGCUAAAAUCAAUAUACAUUACAUCAAUACGCAUUUCAUGCAUUAAGAUAUUAAUUACCAUUUUUUCACCCAACCUCCAUAUUUUUCGAAUUACUUACGAUAUGUAAGUACUUAGCAUUGUGUUUAGCGUAUUAAACUAUAAUAUUUUGUAUAACUGAUAAUGAUAUUCAUUCGGGUGAUAUGGAAAUUUCUAUGACUACUUUUUAUCCAUAAAAUGCUGAUUUACCUUUCACCAUCGUAUGAUGAUAAAAACUCAUGGUGUUACACAAAAUGAUACGAAUAACAGUGUGAGAAUUGUCAAUUCUGGCAAUGUAAGAAAUAUAUUUUUUGUCAUCAAUAAAUAUACAGGAAACAUUCGAUAAUUGCAUAAGAAUAUUCUCUUCGUAAUUGCACAGUCGUCAUCCUUGUUACGGGAUGGGAGGUUGGGUAUAUCGUAUUUGGUGUCGUUUUAAUCAUAAAAAUGUAGGAAACAUGUUGUUGAUAAACAUGUUUCAUUUAUCACAAAUCAAAAAUAAGAAAGGUUGAUUUUUAAGUUAAACGUAUCAGCUUGUCUCCAGCCUUUAACGUUUGCCGAACGUCCCUCUUCCUUUUUCACUCACGUUGUCCUUUUUCUACGUUCGGCACAUCUUAAAUCUCAGUUUCGAGAAUCGAGAAUCGUUUCUGCCUUUGCAGAAUUGCAACACUCGAUUUUUUUGCAAUUACCGAAUGUUUCGUGUAUUUUGUUUCGUUCUCUUUUCUUAAUCGCGUCGGCCGGAUAAAAUACGACGGUGCGCAGGAAAUAUAAAUCUCCAUUGAUUCAUAAAUUUUCGCGGUUUACCCCUUAUAGUUAAUAUACAUAUAACGGAGGUUAAGCUACACAAGGUUGUGUCAGGAUUACUCUUCUAGGAUUAGCGAAUUUCUUGUAACAAGUGAUAUUCGCAACAGGAAAGAUUGCUGUCAGUCGGAAAGGAAUAAAAAACAACAAACACAUACAAACAAUCUCGCUUGACAUUUGUCAUUCUUUCUCUAGUUAAUUUGAAAAUUCGGAGCCUUUAUAGAUCCAUGACUAGAGCGGAGAGAGAUAGAGAGAGAGAGAGAGACAGAGAGAGAGAGAGAGAGAGAGAGAGAGAACUCCCAUGUACAUGUGUACAUAUAUACUGUCACGACAUGAGAAAUUGCCUUAAUCGACGAGAUACCUUUCACGUAGUAGCACUGCUAGUCAACGAACGAUUCAAGAACGGCCUCGUUCUCAACUUACUGCUAAGAAAGAAGUUGGGUGUACUGGAUCCAAGUCGUCGUCGUGUGAGCCUUAUUAGGCUGAAGGAGGACAUUCAAAGUGGACUGCAUAGGUUUUAAUCCGGAGCGGGUCAAGAGUGAACGAGUAGAGAAUAUCGGAGAGGGCAACAUCGAAAGAGAGUAUUCGUACAAGUUAGUCGUAGCUCGUCCUCUUGUGACUCACAGUACUUUUAUCUUCGCGCAUAUCGCUCGUCACAGAAAGCUCGCUUCUUGUAUAUGUUAACCAUAAGCGAGAUGCUUAGUUAAGCUAUGCUGUAUGCUGCCAAGUUAAACUAUGAUGUAGUGUGUGAGUCAAAGGAGAUCAUCAUUUCUUUGUCGACUAAUGUGAACAACAUAUUUUAAGGAAAGUCAACGUAAGAGCCUCGAAUCAAAUGCAACCUACAUCAUCAUCUUUUUCCCCAUCAUUAAUAACAAUGAAAAAAAGUUGUGUUCAUGAGUUGGAGAUUACUAUAUAUAUAUAUAUCUUCGCAUAUCUUGUUUAACUUAUUAUACCGAUAUAGUUACUACGCUAUAAAUUUCAGAAAAGUAUUUAUGAGUUGAUACAUACUUGGAUUAUUUCAGAGUUCAAUAGGCUUUAAUGAAUUUUUAUCACAAUUGAAAAAUUAAAUAAAGCUGAUCAAUUGAAACUGG